GGCUACCCUAGUCGUGUGGGGGGUCACUUAUGCAGAGGGGAGAGAGAAAGAGAGAACAAUCCUCCGUUUAUAUAUUUUCUUUCACCCCAUUCUCUUCAUUAUUAGUUUCAUUUCAUUUCUCUCUUUUCUCACUAAAACACUAAAAUCCCUCUCUAUUCUCGUUUUCCUUCCCUUUCCCUUUCCACGUUCAGUUUUCCUUCUCUGAAAAACUAUAGUGUUAUAUAUACAUAUAUAGACCCUUAUUAUACCAAUUACUGUCAUAGCAUCUGUAUUUUUGUUCAUCUGGGGUACUGAUCCUCAGAUUAGAAAGCAAAAUUAUUUUUUGUCUCAACUCUCUUUUUUUGUAUAAGAAACAGAGAGAGAAAUAGUAGAGAGAGAGAGAGUCACCAUCAGCGCAGCAAUGGGUGCUGACCCGGUGAGCUCAUCAGAAACCGAGUCCUCUACUACUUCCUUACUCAAUGAGGAUCGGGGCAAAAUACCCGACCCGAAUCAGAAACGGGCCAAGAGAGCAAGGGAAAGUUGUAGUCAUAGUAAUACUAAUAAUAAUAAUAGCAGUAGCAAUAAUAACAGCAAUAGUAAUAAUAAUAAUAAUAAUAAUGAUAAUAAUAAUAAUAAUAAUAAUAGUAAGCACCCGGUUUACAGAGGGGUCCGAAUGAGAACAUGGGGAAAAUGGGUAUCCGAAAUUAGGGAGCCCCGGAAGAAGAAUCGGAUCUGGCUAGGAACUUUCUCAACACCAGAAAUGGCGGCGCGUGCACACGACGUGGCGGCCUUAAGCAUCAAGGGUAACUCUGCAAUACUCAACUUCCCCGAGCUAGCCGGAUCAUUACCCCGGCCGGAAUCUAACUCACCCCGAGACGUUCAAGCGGCGGCUACAAAAGCGGCUUUAAUGGAGUUUCCGAACCCAUCUCCUUCACCUUCCACGUCAUCAUCGACAACAACGAGUACUUCAUCGACAAUGUCGCAGACUUCGUCUUCGUCUUCUUCGUCGUUGGUGGCAACUUCGUCAUCGAGCUACGACGUGUCGUCUUCGCCGGAAGAGCUGAGCGAGAUAGUUGAGCUGCCGAGUUUGGAUACGAGUUUCGAGUCGGGGAACGAGUUCGUUUUCGAAGACUCGGUAGAGGGGUGGCUGUAUCCUCCUCCGCCGUGGUACCAUCAUCAGAGCUUGUUUGAAGAAAAUUAUGGGUACUUUAGGGAAGAUCAGAUAGCAAUGUCAGAGCCAGAGUCUGCUAUUCUAUCAUCUUUUGAGCCUUUAUUAUGGCAACAUUAAUGAAUCAUCAACCAACCAUGGAUAUUGGAAUUGCCUUCUUUUUUGAUUUUUAGCUUAGUUGUCUUGUGUGCUUCAUCUCCUUCUUUUCUUUUCUUUUCCUUUCUUUUCUUUUCUUUUUAAUUUUAAAGUGUGUGUGAGCCCUUUUAUUAAAAUUUUCCUUUGGAGAGGGCUAAAAUCUGAAAUACGUUUCUUGCUUCUCAAGUUUGAUAAUAGUAGUACUAGUAUUAGUA